AUGGAAACUGGUAUUGAUAAAUUAAUCCAAUCCGUGAAGGAAGAGCUGGAAAUCUCAUAUGCUUUCUCCGACACGUGUUGUAUAUAUAAAGUUCCUGAGCGAUUACGCGAGCUGAACGAAAAGGCCUACACACCUCGUGUAGUCUCCGUAGGCCCAAUUCACCAUGGUAAAGAUAUGCUAAAAGCCAUGGAAGACCACAAAAGAAUGUACCUACAAGAAUUCAUUGCCCGGACCAAGCGAUUGUCUAGGCACAGUAUGAACGUUGCUGGAACAUCAAGAGUGCAGAUGGAUAGUGGCGAUCAUGUUUCUCUCGACAUCGCCAAAUUAGCAGAAGUUCCAAAACGACUACGUGAGUUAAAUGGAAAGGCUUACACACCUCGAGUAAUCUCCAUUGGCCCACUUCACUACGGAAAAGAAGAGCUAAUAGAAAUGGAAGAGCAUAAGAGACUGUACCUGAGGGAAUUUCUUGAAUUGAGCAAGGUAAGGGUGAGGGAUUUUAUUGCAGCUAUUGCAGAGAGCGAGACUAGAUUGCGUAGUUGUUAUGCAGAAACCUUCGAUAAACUAAGUAAAGAGGAAUUUGUGGAAAUGGUGUUGUUGGAUUGCUCCUUUCUCAUUAUGUUCUUUCUGAAAGCAUUUUCCCCUGGUAUCCAAAGUAGAUAUAUUGACCGCAUAUUCAAUAAACCAUGGAUGCUAGAUGAAAUAAGUAUUGAUUUGUGCUUGCUUGAAAAUCAGCUUCCAUUCUUCAUUGUUGAGGACUUGUUCAAUCUAUCCAAAAUACAGCACCAUUGUGAGGAAUAUUCCAUGAUUAAGCUUACUUACGCGUUCUUACUUGCUGCAUGGCAAUCAUGGGUGUCAGAGGAAAUUUUGGAGAAAAUCAAUUUGCUUAAAGUAGAGCAUUUUGUUGACUUUCUAAGAAUCUGUCAGCAGCCAGCACAGGAGAUGCAGCCAAAGAAACUUGCGACUAUAACCACUCCAAGUGUAGCAGAGCUCCAUCGGGCUGGAAUCAAGUUCAAAAAUCUCCAAGCUUUUGAGCAAUGCAAUUACGAUGCUAAUAAAUAUGUAUGUAACUAUAUUACCAUGCUCUCUUUGCUUGUCCCCGAUGCCAAGGAUGUGGAAAUACUUGUUAAAGAAGGAAUUAUAGAAAAUUGGCUCCAUGAUAAUGAUGCAGUUUCACGCCUUUUUCGCAGUCUUUCCGAGGAAAAUGUUAUCAACGUCAACAAUUUCUACUUUUCUGGUGUAGUUGAAGAUCUGAACAAGUACUACAGUAUGCGGGUACACAAAUGGAAGGCAGCCUUGAAGCAGAAAUAUUUCCGCAAUCCAUGGACUAUAAUCUCUGUUGUAGCAGCUGCUGUUAUAGUCAUACUCACUAUCAUACAGACAGUGUGUUCGAUCAUUCAAGUUGUUUGA